AUGUUUGACCUCGAGUCCUACUGCAUCGCUCGAGAUCUGCAGAGGGAUAGUAAAAGCGGAGAGGUGGAAGUUAGCAUCCGACCGUACAUCCAGCGCUACGCACUAAACACGACACUCACACUCUGCUAUGGCAUCCGCAUGGACGCCGUCUAUGACGAUUUGCUGCGCGAAAUACUUGAAGUCGGCUCUGCAAUUUCGCUACUGCGGUCUGCAUCAGAGAACUAUCAAGACUACGUCCCUGCUCUACGCUACUUGCCGAACAACGAGAAGAAUAGGCGUUCGAAGGAGCUGAGGGAGAGACGCGACAAGUAUCUCAACUUGCUACUGGAUAAAGUGCGAGAUAUGAUUGAGAAGGGAACUGAGAAGCCAUGCAUCAGUGCCGCUAUCCUGAAAGAUGAGGAAACGCGACUCACAGGCGUCGAAGUCAGCUCUAUAUGUCUGUCUCUUGUAUCCGGCGGGUUUGAAACUAUACCGGGUACACUGGUAUCUUGUAUUGGAUCCCUGUGCACACGUGAGGGCCUAGUAUUUCAAGACCGCGCGUACCAGGAAAUGCGGAAGAUGUAUCCGCAAGACGAGGACUUGAAAAAGGCGUGGGCGAGUGACUUUGAGGAGGAGAGCAUUCCGUAUUUGAGUGCGAUAGUGAAGGAGGCAGGGAGAUAUUACACGGUCAGUAAUAUGAGUCUGCCGCGGAAAACUAUGAGCGAAGUGCGCUGGGGCGAGGCAGUGAUACCGAAAGGUACAAUGGUAUUGAUCAAUGCUCAGGCUGGGAAUCAUGACACUGAUUACUGGGGCCCUGACGCUGCAACUUUCAACCCAGAACGAUGGCUUACACCACCCGUCGACCCGUCGUCCCUUUACACGACAAACCCUGUAUCCAAUCCAGCACAUCUCUCGUUUGGGGCGGGCUCUCGGUCUUGCCCUGGGGCUCUCAUCGCCAGCAAGCUCAUUUACGCAGCGCUCUUCCGUUUGCUCAGUCUAUACAGGAUCGAAGCUAGUGCAACGCAUCCGCCGAAUACGGAUUAUGUGGACUACAACGCGAUCAAAAGCGCGUUAGUGGCAAUACCCCGCGACUUUUCAGUGAAACUGAGUCGGAGGUGCGAGGCGGAUGUGGUGGAGACCGUGCUAAAGGAGGGUGAAAGAAGGACUGAGGGAUUUUACAAGGUGUGAGUGAAAGUGAUAGUUAGAAUUGGUCAGAUUAUCAAUAGUGGAAGGCUCUCAUGAAGGUAUAUAAAGACUCGAUAGUG